GGUCUCCGCAGAGCAGCGGAUCUCUGCGGCUCUGAUUCCUCUGACCACACCGAGGGAAAGAGGUCGGCUCCGGCUCUGCUCGGAUACUGUGUCCUCCUCCAGAUAUCGAACUGUUCUCACAUUUGGUUUCGUUCACACGCACCAGAGACCUUUUCUCUGUGAAAGGAAGUUGAGGGGAAUGAGCAGCAGGAGAAACCUGCCGUGACUUUUGGGAGGAGAGAGUGGCCCCGGUGCCAGCAGGGCAGAUAGUUGGAGCGGCUCAGCAGAGGACAGCUAGCUUAGUGCUGCUGGAGGAACAGCCGAGAUGGACCUGAAGCUGAUCUUGAUGUCGAUAUUGUUAGGAGUGUUUUGUUACUGCAAUGCUCAGAAAGAGGGGAACGAGUGCACCGAUGCCAAUGCGAGAUACUGUGGGAAAUGCAUCCAGGCUGGAGCCAAAUGCGGCUGGUGUAAAGACCCAAACUUCCUGAAACAGGGCGAGACGGUGUCAAGCCGUUGUGAUGAGGUUCAGUCUCUGGAAAAAAGGGGCUGUGUCGAGGCAAUGAUUGAGAAUCCAAAAGGAGACAAAAAAGUCGAGCAGGACAAGGCCGUGACAAAUCGCAAAAAGGGAGCAGAGAAACUGAAGCCAGAGGAAAUCACUCAGAUACAACCCCAGAAACUAAGUCUUACCCUUCGAUCUGGUCAGCCACAGUCUUUUGAUUUGAAGUUCAAACGAGCAGAGGAUUAUCCCAUCGACCUGUACUACCUGAUGGAUCUGUCCUACUCCAUGAAGGAUGAUCUGGAGAACGUCAAAAAUCUGGGAACCAGUCUGAUGCUGGAGAUGUCAAAGAUCACCUCUGACUUCAGGAUAGGAUUUGGUUCCUUUGUGGAGAAGACCGUCAUGCCGUACAUCAGCACCACUCCGGCUAAGCUGCUGAACCCCUGCACAGGCGACCAGAACUGCACCAGUCCCUUCAGCUACAAGAACGUACUAAAACUGACCAGCGAUGGAAAGAAGUUCAACACCCUUGUGGGCCAGCAGCACAUCUCUGGAAACCUGGACUCUCCCGAGGGGGGCUUUGAUGCCAUCAUGCAAGUGGCUGUGUGUGGGGACCACAUCGGCUGGAGGAACGUGACUCGUCUGCUGGUGUUCUCCACUGAUGCUGGCUUUCACUUUGCUGGAGAUGGCAAACUGGGCGGCAUUGUACUGCCUAAUGAUGGAAAAUGUCACUUGGAGAACAAUGUUUACACAAUGAGCCAUUAUUAUGAUUAUCCCUCCAUUGCCCACCUGGUUCAAAAGCUGAGUGACAACAAUAUUCAGACCAUCUUUGCAGUCACAGAGGAGUUCCAGCCUGUUUACCAAGAGCUGAAAAAUCUGAUACCAAAGUCUGCAGUGGGCACUCUGUCUGCCAACUCAAGCAAUGUAAUCAACCUUAUUAUAGAUGCUUACAAUUCUCUCUCAUCUGAGGUUAUUCUGGAGAACAGCAAGCUUCCAGAAGGAGUGACCAUAGCGUACACAUCCCGCUGUAAGAACGGAGUGGUUAGUGAGGGUGAAAAUGGACGGAAGUGCUCCAAUAUCUCCAUUGGAGAUGAGGUCACAUUCAGCAUUAGUGUGACAUCUAAGGGCUGUCCAAAACAAGGCAAGCCUGAGACCAUUAAGAUAAAGCCUCUGGGAUUCACAGAGGAAGUGGAGAUUACCCUCAACUUCAUCUGUGAGUGCGAAUGCCACAAAGACGCUGUCAAGAAUAGUCCCCGCUGCCACAAUGGUAAUGGGACAUACGAGUGUGGAGCCUGCAAGUGUAAUGACGGCCGUGUGGGCAGACAGUGUGAAUGCAGCAGCAACGACGUGGCUACAGAGGACAUGGACCGGACCUGCCGUAAGGACAACGGCACUGACAUCUGCAGUAACAACGGAGAAUGUGUGUGCGGCACAUGUGAGUGCAAGAAGAGAGAAAACCCUGAGGAGAGGUAUAGCGGCCAGUAUUGUGAAUGUGACAACUUCAACUGUGACCGCUCUGGAAACAAACUCUGUGGAGGGCAUGGACGCUGUGAAUGCAGAGUGUGUGUCUGUGACCCUAUGUGGACUGGGAGUGCCUGCGACUGUUCCCUGGACAACAGCACAUGUAUGGCCAGCAACAAGCAGAUGUGUAAUGGCAGAGGAAAGUGUGAAUGUGGCACUUGCAAGUGUGAUGAUCCCAAAUUUCAAGGUCCUACAUGUGAAACCUGCCCUACCUGUCCAGGAGUCUGUGCAGAACACAAAGAGUGCGUUCAGUGCCGGGCGUUUGGCACUGGUGAGAAGAAGGACAAAUGCAAGGAGGAAUGCGACGACUUCACCUUGAUCAAAGUGAGGGACAGGGACAAGCUGCCCCAGCCCAAUGACGCAUCGUACCCUGUGAUGCACUGCAAGGAGAGGGACGCCAAUGACUGCUGGUUCUAUUACACUUUCGCUGUCAACAACGACACGAAAAAGGAGGUCCAUGUGGUCGAAAAACUGGACUGCCCCAGCGGUCCUGACAUCGUCCCCAUCGUGGCGGGCGUCGUCGCCGGCAUCGUCCUGAUUGGCUUAGCCCUGCUGCUCAUCUGGAAGCUGCUGAUGAUCAUCCAUGACAGAAGAGAGUUCGCCAAGUUUGAGAAGGAGAAGAUGAACGCCAAAUGGGAUACGGGUGAAAAUCCGAUCUACAAAAGUGCUGUCACAACUGUGAUCAAUCCCAAAUAUGAGGGCAAAUGAUGACUUCACGGUUUUCUUUGAACUCCUCUAUCAAGUACCUGACAGCUGCAGUAUUUAGGGUUUGGGGCCUGGCAGGAGCAUUUGGUGAAAUUUGUGCAUUUUUUUUUAUGUCGCUUUACCAUUAUAAUGUAUCAUUUGGCCACUGCAUCUGUAUUUUUACUAACACUUUUGAUUUAUAUGCAUUUGUUGUAUUUUAUAUGUACAGUAUACAGUAUGUGUAUAUACUUUUAAGUGGCUUAUUUGCAGAAGUUGAUGAAAUGAUGGUGUUUUUCCUGCCGCUGGACUGGUAUGGGCAGAAGAUUUAGCUUUUUUUAACAACACAUUGUGGACUCUAUGGUUAUCCAACACAUGUACAAGAACUCUUCAGCUUCUGUCACGCUCACUCAGACACUUUUGUCUCUGUUCUCCUCGUCUCUCCUUUGUGCACUGACCUUUUUGUGAGCUUCUGUGUGUUCCAGACAGGACCUGGGUUUAAGAUGUAAAUUCUCAGCCAUAGCAGCACAUUAUGUCCGUGUGUGUGUAUAUAUAGAAAACAACUGCAACAGGAAGUUUUGAAUAUUCUUGAGCAUUCAGCUUAGAUUGGACAGUUAUGUUAAAACACAGUAGAUCAUGCAGUGGUUGUAAAUGUAGUUUUGAACUGCAUCUUAGAAACAUCCAGUGUUUAAGAUUGUAUUUGACUCUUAUUGAGUAUUGUUGCCUAUCUUGACGAAGCAGAUAUACAAGAUGAACAUAAAUACCAACUAUCAUUAUUUGUAUUGUUGACAUAUUGUCAUAAAAGGGAUUGUAUACCACUUGUUAAAAUUAUUAAAUCGUGGCAAUCAUGAACAGUCAAAUUUGUAUAGUCAUGGUACAAUAUACAGCUAAGUAAUGAAAUAUUGUUCUGUUUGCUAACUGCAGUAACUUUAUUGCUCAUUCUCAGGUCCUUUGCUGUGUUCUUGUCAAGUACACCAAAAAUAUGUUUUCUGUCAGCUUGUUCAGUGAACUCCUCUGUGAGUCAGUGGUGUUAGUUUUAAUGUUUUGUUGACCGUAAGACUGAAACAAGAGUAUUUGCUGAGAUGUCACAUGAAUCACCUCUGAAAUGUUUUCACACCCAAAUGCCUCUGAAGCACCACACUCAAGCCUUUACAGUAUUGUUUUCCAAGUGCCUUUUAUUUCAAUACCAUGAUCUCUCCCAAUGCUGUUUCUGAGUUAUUUAUUAAAGUACAAAAACUGUG